AUGUCGCAAACAACAAAUAACAAUCAAACUCAAUCGACAGUCCAGAAGACAGAGGAAGAAUGGCGUCAAGAAUUAUCACCAGAGAGGUAUCAUAUUUUGAGGGAGAAGGGGACGGAAAUAGCGGGGACUGGAAAGUAUGAGAAGCACAAGGCAACUGGGACGUAUUUGUGCGGUGCCUGUGAUGCUGAACUGUACAAAUCUGAACAUAAAUUUAGCUCAGGAUGUGGAUGGCCUGCAUUUUACGAUGCUCUUCCAAAUGCCGUCAGUCGUAACGUCGAUAAGUCGCAUGGUAUGAGCAGAACCGAGAUCACAUGUUCCAAUUGCGGUGGUCAUCUUGGACACGUGUUUCAGGGUGAAGGAUGGAAAUUUACCGCUGCCGAUGAGCGUCAUUGUGUGAAUAGUCUCAGUCUCAAAUUUCAAAAGCCGGACGGAACAGUCGAUAAUUCUGUUUAA